AAUAUUCCCAGGGUAUAAAGGAGACUGUGCUGUAUGCGUGCUAGGGUUUGGGUCAUUUCAAGGGUAGGUAGCCAUGGCGGUGACCGAUUCAAGCUCGAGCAAGGCAGAGUCUUCGGAUCCGAAGGGUUCGAAGCGAGACUAUUCCACUGCCAUCCUGGAGCGCAAGAAAGCCCCAAAUAGGCUCGUUGUCGACGAAGCAACCAACGAUGACAACUCGGUUGUGGCUCUGCAUCCAGAGACCAUGGAAAAGCUACAGCUGUUCAGGGGGGAUACCGUGCUCAUCAAGGGCAAGAAGCGCAAAGACACUGUCUGUAUUGUUCUGGCAGACGACAGCUGCGAGGAGCCUAAAAUCCGUAUGAACAAGGUGGUCCGAACAAACUUGCGGGUGAGGCUCGGUGAUGUGGUUUCUGUGCAUCAAUGCGCGGAUGUCAAGUAUGGGAAGCGAGUUCAUAUCCUUCCCGUCGACGAUACAAUCGAGGGGCUCACUGGGAAUCUGUUUGAUGCGUACCUCAAGCCAUACUUUUUGGAAGCUUACCGGCCUGUCCGCAAGGCUGAUCUCUUCCUUGUGCGCGGUGGCAUGAGGAGUGUGGAGUUCAAGGUUGUAGAGACUGAUCCCGGCGAGUAUUGCAUAGUUGCACCGGACACGGAAAUCUUCUGCGAGGGCGAUCCUAUCAAGCGCGAGGAUGAGGAGAGGCUUGAUGAAGUUGGUUACGAUGAUGUUGGUGGGGUGCGGAAGCAGAUGGCCCAAAUACGUGAGUUGGUGGAGCUUCCCCUCAGGCACCCGCAGCUGUUCAAGUCGAUUGGUGUCAAGCCUCCCAAGGGAAUCCUGCUCUACGGGCCUCCAGGGUCUGGCAAGACCUUGAUUGCCAGGGCCGUGGCAAAUGAAACGGGGGCCUUUUUCUUUCUCAUCAAUGGUCCUGAGAUCAUGUCGAAGCUGGCUGGGGAGAGCGAAAGUAACUUGCGCAAGGCGUUUGAAGAGGCGGAGAAGAACGCUCCAUCGAUCAUAUUCAUUGACGAGAUAGAUUCGAUUGCACCUAAGAGGGAGAAAACGCAAGGAGAAGUAGAGCGCCGAAUCGUGUCCCAGCUGCUGACUCUGAUGGACGGUUUGAAGAGCAGAUCCCACGUUAUUGUCAUGGGAGCAACUAACAGGCCUAACAGCAUCGACCCGGCUCUGAGGAGGUUUGGUCGUUUUGAUCGGGAGAUAGAUAUCGGUGUUCCCGACGAGGUUGGCCGGUUGGAAGUUCUCCGCAUCCAUACCAAGAACAUGAAGCUCGCGGAAGACGUGGAUUUGGAGAAAAUUUCUCACAAUACGCACGGCUUCGUUGGCGCGGACCUUGCUGCCCUAUGCACCGAGGCGGCCCUGCAGUGCAUCCGUGAAAAGAUGGACGUGAUUGAUCUUGAAGACGAGACUAUCGAUGCCGAAGUUCUCAGCUCAAUGGCCGUAACGAACGAGCACUUUCAGACAGCUUUGGGAACGAGCAACCCUUCUGCACUCCGUGAGACGGUGGUUGAAGUGCCUAAUGUUUCCUGGGAAGACAUUGGUGGUCUUGAGAACGUCAAGAGGGAGCUUCAAGAGACUGUGCAAUAUCCAGUUGAGCAUCCGGAGAAGUUUGAGAAGUUUGGGAUGUCGCCGUCCAAGGGAGUCUUGUUCUAUGGGCCUCCUGGAUGUGGAAAGACCUUGCUUGCGAAAGCAAUCGCAAACGAAUGUCAGGCAAACUUCAUUAGUGUCAAGGGUCCAGAGCUGCUAACCAUGUGGUUUGGGGAGAGCGAGGCCAAUGUUCGCGACGUGUUUGACAAAGCUAGGCAAUCAGCUCCUUGCGUGCUCUUCUUCGACGAGCUAGAUUCCAUUGCGACACAACGUGGUAGCAGCGUUGGUGACGCAGGUGGUGCAGCCGAUAGAGUUUUGAAUCAGCUGCUGACUGAAAUGGAUGGGAUGAACGCUAAGAAGACGGUGUUCAUUAUUGGUGCGACAAACAGACCCGACAUUAUUGAUCCUGCUCUACUUCGUCCCGGUCGACUGGAUCAACUUAUCUACAUUCCUCUUCCGGAUGAGGCAUCCAGGCUGAAGAUCUUCCAAGCCGCGCUUCGCAAGUCGCCGCUGUCCAAGGAUGUGGACCUCGAGGCUCUUGGGAGGUAUACUCAAGGUUUCAGUGGAGCUGACAUCACCGAGAUCUGCCAGCGUGCUUGCAAGUAUGCCAUCAGGGAGAACAUAGAACAGGACAUUGAGAAGGAGAGGAGGAGAGCAGACAACCCAGAGGCUAUGGACGAGGACGAAGUUGAUGAAAUAGCGGAGAUCAGGCCCGCUCACUUUGAGGAGGCUAUGAAGUUCGCGCGAAGAAGUGUGAGCGACGCCGACAUCCGGAAGUACCAGGCGUUUGCCCAGACUCUGCAGCAGUCUCGGGGAUUUGGAUCCGAGUUUCGUUUCCCAGACCGUCCAGCAGCUGCAGGCGGCGACUCUGCUUUUGCCACUGCUGCUGCAGAAGACGAUGACCUCUACAACUGAUGGAAAAAUUCUCGUGAACGAAGUGAUGAUUUGUGAGUGGAAAA